GCUGUUUUCGAAUUCAAAAAAAACUUCGAUAAUUCUGCAGAUAAAUAAUCAUGUUGUUCAACAAAUUGUCAGCGCAAACAUUUCGCCGUUAUAUUUUUGUUCUUAAUAACAAUAAUUUAAAGAAUUGCUCAACUUUUACAUCACCAUUACAAUCAUCGUUAUAUGUUUCGGCCAAAUAUGCAAAAGAAUUAUUUCGUGUUCUUGAUCCUAAAUAUGAUGUUAAUUAUUUGAAUUAUGUUCGACAAAAUCUCGAUAAAAUUGAACAAUCAUUUCGGAUACGUAAUAUUGAAAAUAAUUAUUUCAAUAAUCCUAAACUAUCGGAUUCAUUGAAUGAUUUUAUCAAACAUCUAACCACUACUGAAUCGUUGAAAAAGAAACGAAAUAAAUUAUUAGGAAAAAUAAAAAAAUCCAAUGAUUCCAAUGAAACUUUACAGGAAAAAUAUCAACAAUGUUAUUCGGAUUUAGUCGAAUCACGUGAAAAUCUUUUUACUCUUGAAGAAACUAUUGUACCAUUCUUGUUGAGCAUACCAUGUGAAAUCGAACCAAGUAUCCGUAAUGAACCUGAAAUAAUAGAUCAAUUUAAUAACAAUACUGUUGGUCAAAUUUCACAUAAUUAUGUUCGACUUGGUUAUCUAAAUAACCUGUACACAAGAUCAAUCGUUGGACCUGGUGCCAAUUAUCUACAUGGCGAAGGUGCAUUAUUAUAUUAUGGUUUGAUCGAUAUGUUCAGCCAAUCGCUAAAUGAAUCAGGACAUAUUUUAGUCAAUGGUUUAGAUCUAGUCAAAAGUGCUAUCAUUGAAUGUGUUAAUUAUAGGUCAUUUCGUGAAGAUCUAUUUCGAUUAUGUUUGGCAAGCAAUCAAAGUGAAGAUAAUCAACGUUUACAUUUGGUCGGUGAUGCAUCAUUGGAAUCAUUUUGUGCCUGGUUAUCGAAACAGAAAAUUGAUCGUGGAAAAUUUUAUCAAAUCGGUAGCGCAUAUAAUCAUUGCGAUUCAAUUGAACAAAAUCAUUUAAUACGUGCAACCAUUUUGUCCAGUGCGAAUGAAUCAUCAAAAGUUAUGAAUGAUUUAUAUAAAUUAUUUUGGAAUAUAUUCAAAACGAUUGGAAUCGAUCGUUGUACAAUUCGAACCGAUAUUCAUUCAUUGUAUCCAAAUGAAUAUGAUAAAUAUAUACUAUUAUCAUGGUUAAAAUCUCGACAGGAAUGGAUACCGAUUGGUGAAAUUAUCCAUCACCAUCAUUAUAUUACACAACGAUUAGGAAUGUCAAACUAUCAAGAUUGUCACUUGAUUACAUCAUCAAUCAAUUUAAUUCCAUUAUUAUAUUCGAUUGUUGAACAAUUUCAAAUAUUCGAAACAGGUAAACUUGAUAUACCUGAAUCGAUUAGAAAGUAUUUGAUUUGUGAAAAAAAUUAA